AUGGCUCUAGUCAUACGAUUAAGGGCUGCUCCUCCUCCAUCAUUAAUCUAUUUUAAUUCCAUUUCUAAUCUUAAUAAUAAGAGAUCUCUAAUUCCCAUUAACUCUUUUUCUCCUACUAUUAUUGCAUCUUCCAUUCGAGUUGCUUAUCAGGGAGUUCCGGGUGCUUAUAGUGAAGCUGCUGCACUUAAAGCAUAUCAAGAAUGUGAAACCCUAGCAUGUGACCAAUUUGAAUCCACAUUCAAGGCUGUUGAAUUAGGUUUGGCAGAUAAAGCAGUGGUUCCAAUAGAGAAUUUAUUGGGUGGAAGUAUUCAUGGUAAUUAUGAUUUACUACUCAAAUAUCAUAAUAAACUUCUCUUUGAAAUGGUUCUGAUUAUUAAUCACUGUCUCUUAGCAUUACUUGGUGUAAUCAAACAAGAUCUAAAACGCGUUUUAAGUCAUCCCCAGGCAUUUGCGCAAUGCGAGAUUACGUUAAAUAAGUUUGGAUUGGUUAGAGUGAAUCACAAUAACACUGCUGGAGCAGCUAAGAUUGUAGCAAGUAAAGGUUUAAGAGAUACUGGAGCAGUGGCUAGUGCAAGAGCUGCAAAUAUAUAUGGUCUUCAUAUUAUUCAAGAAGGAAUCCAUGAUAACCCGUUUUCUAAUAAUAUAACCCGAUUUCUCGUACUCGCAAGAGAACCCAUUAUAAUUCCAGGCCACCUUAACUAUAAGACUUGCAUUGUGUUUAGCCUAAAAGAUGAAGGUCCUGAAAUACUUUUCAAAGUUUUGGCAUUGUUUUCUCUAAGGGCCAUCAACUUAACAAAGGGUACUUAUCUUAUUGAGAGCCGGCCCAACAAAGGAGAAGGAAGUAAAAAUUUAAUUAUGAUUGAUGACAGGAGGAACUUUGAUUACCUCUUCUAUAUUGACUUUGAAGCUUCCAUGGCAGAACCUCGUGCACAAAAUGCUAUACAACAUCUUCAGAAAUUUGCGAGAUUCGUUCGGGUUCUGGGUUCUUAUCCUAGGGUCGACUAUAUUCCCUGA